CUUUCAGUCUGGAAAGUAGAAUUACAUUGUGCCUGAUGUCAAAACCAAGUAAAUGCAAGAUGGAGCUUAUGGUUGCAUUUAUUCGCUUAUUUAUCGUUAAGCAACUUAAGCUGAGCAGUCUACUGGAGAUCUAUAAAGCAAUGGAGAGUUGCCCAAGAAACUGCAAAAUUAGAAGAGUGAAAAUAAGUAUGUGCAAUGGUAUUUGCCAAAUCCAUACACAUGACUUGGACAGGUAAUGGGCCUCAUCACGAUCGAAGUUGUGUUUAUAACCAGAGCAACAUAGUUGAUGGAGUUUACUGCCUCCCAAUAGCACACUGGAUUGAAGUCUCCGGGCAUACUGAUGAGAUGAAACAUACAACUGACUUCUAUUUUAAUAUUGCAGGACAUCAAGCUAUCCAUUACUCAAGAAUUCUGCCAAACAUCUGGCUGGGAAGUUGCCCUCGGCAGCUGGAGCAUGUGACGGUCAAGCUAAAGUACGAGCUGGGUGUCACAGCAGUGAUGAACUUCCAGACCGAGUGGGACAUUGUUCAGAACUCCUGGGGCUGCAAUCGCUACCCAGAACCUAUGAGCCCUGAAGUCCUCAUGAAACUGUACAAAGAGGAAGGUCUUGCCUAUGUCUGGAUGCCAACUCCAGACAUGAGCACUGAAGGAAGAAUACAGAUGUUGCCACAGGCUGUCUGCCUCCUGCAUGGGCUGCUGCAGAAUGGACACACUGUCUACGUUCAUUGCAAUGCUGGCGUUGGCAGGUCUACAGCUGCUGUCAGUGGCUGGCUGAAGUAUGUGAUGGGAUGGAGCCUGCGGAAGGUGCAGUACUUCUUGGCUUCCAGGAGACCAGCUGUCUACAUAGAUGAGGAAGCUCUGAUUCGUGCUGAAGAUGAUUUCUUCCAGAAAUUUGGACCUCUUCGUUCCUCAUGUAAAGUAGAAGAGUAGAAAAGCAGAAGAGGAAAACGAAGGUGAAGAGCAAUCCUUACAUGUGAAUCCCAGCGAUUAAGAAAUCAUGAAUCAGAUUUCUGCCUCUCCUCAUCAGAUUGAACACCUGUCAUAAUGGCCCUGAGAAUUUUGUUAAAAAGUGCCUUUGAGUGUUUUUCAUUUGCGUUCUUUAAGCUGAUAUGAUUCAUGUUUUUAAGCCUUUUGCUGCAAGUACGAGACCCGUUGGUCUGUGAAAGGAGAUUAAGAUUCUAUUUUAACUAUUUGCCUGCAGGAACUGAGUGUUAGGGUAGGCAUAAUAAGACAAGACUUGAAAUAAAAUAAUUACUGUUGGCAGUAUUUUAGUGACAGAAAGAGAAGAUGUUUUGAGAAGAACAGGUGUGAGAUUGACUGAGUUAUGGUUCAGAUUUGGAUGGAGCUGAGGAUAGUCAAAGCACCUCAGUUGUUUUAUAGUGUACAUUAUUGAAGUAUUUUCUAGUAAUUUUGUAGAAAAAUGGUUUUAGUGCAGAAAACCAGAAACUGACUUUUCAUCUGAGUUUCUUAAGCAAAAAACUAGUAUCAGAUGCAGCCAACUAAAUUUUUUAUUUAUUUAUUUAUUUUGUUGCCUAUGCAGUUAAUGUUAAAUAUUUUGAGAGCUCACAGUCCUGCUUGGGUAAAACCAGUUUGCUGUAGGAUAGGCCAAGAUUGACCAAGGGAGGAAAAGCAUUCUCUAGAGAACAGAGGAUUAAGGAUACAUAAACGUUAAGAAACUAAUUUCUAUAGAUUUAUUCUUCAGUGAAUUUUUUUUUUUCUAGCCAACUGACUUCUCCCUCUAAAUACCCCAUCAGUGCACGUGCAAUAUAACUGGUAAAUUUAGUUUAUCUGAAUAUGUAAAAUAGAAAUGGGUAUGAGCUCAUGGUUCAUGAGUUCAUGGAGAAAGUCCAGCGUAAUGCAAUAUAAUAUUUUAUUUAUCUUCUACUUUAAUUAUCUUCAAAAGAAAAAUGUCAAUUUAAGUUAUUCUAAAUGUGUGGUUUUGAUCAUAACUUGAUUUCUGGUUUGUUUCUUCGUUUUUUGCUUUGAAGUAAUACUGCCUGUUUGGAUAUGAACUGUUAAUGGAGAAUGCCCAGCAUAGUACAAUAUGUUUUAUUUAUCUUCUAUUUCAGUAGUCUUCAAAAGCAAAAAAAUGUUUAAAUUAUUCUAUAUGAGUGGUUUUGAUCCCGAUUUGUUGUGGAUUUUUUUUUUUACAUUUUUUGUUUGCUUGUUUGGUUUUGGUUUUACUUUGCAAUAACAGUGCCUGUUUAGAAAGUAGAUGAGAAAAGUUCACUAAUUAAAUAACAUCAUGGUGA